UGGUGUGCGGAUGAACGCUCCUGCCGCUUCCAAGUCUCUUCUGCUUUACUCGGUGCAGGUAGCCAUGAGUGAUCAGAAAGCCGUCAUUAAGGAUACGGACAUGUCAGAAGAGAUGCAGCAAGAAGCUGUGGAAUGUGCCGUAUUAGCCCUAGAGAAAUAUAAUCUUGAAAAAGAUAUUGCAGCCCUUAUUAAGAGGGAGUUUGAGAAGAAAUACAGUCCCACUUGGCACUGCGUUGUGGGAAGGAAAUUUGGCAGCUAUGUGUCUCAUGAGACUAAGCACUUCAUCUUCUUCCUCGUGCGUGGAGUAAAUAUUCUUCUAUUUAAAGCUGGUUAGAACCAUGGAUUGUUACUGAAACUCGCGUGUGGUUACUGGACUGCAUACUAGCUGCAAACAGCCUAGAGCCUUCCUGAGGAAGCAGAUCUUGGGUUUUGUUUAUUAUUAUUUUAUUUAUUUUCCCAAAGGUGAUAUCAAGGAUUUUGCUGUCGUGGUUAGGGGGGAAAAUUGUG